UGAGUGACGACGUAAAAGUAGUCUGUAAGAAAACUAUAUAAAUUACCUACACCGAACAUAUUAAUUAUUAUCAUAUUGAUACAUACAGUAUAUGUGUGGACAGAUAUUAAACCUUUUUUAUUUCUCAUAAAAUAAUGGCUAAAUUCGUAGUCUUGAUAUCUGUAGUAUUACUUAGUGUAUACCUUACAGAACAAGCACAUUUCUUGAGUAAAGAUUAUAUAAACAAAAUUAACGAAGUUGCUAAGACUUGGAAGGCUAAACAAAAUUUUCCCGAAAAUACGCCCAAAGAACAAAUCGUUCGGUUAUUAGGCUCAAAGCGUCUCUUAGGCAUUCCCAAAAGUCCAAUCAAGGAAAAUGAUAAAUUGUACAUGGAUAAUAGUGAAGUUCCAGAAUUUUUCGACUCGAGAUUAGAAUGGAAAUAUUGCAAAACAAUCGGACACGUCCGUAAUCAAGGAAAUUGUGGAUCUUGUUGGGCUCAUGGUACCACCGGAGCGUUCGCUGAUCGACUGUGCGUAGCGACGAAUGGAGAAGUCAAUGAACUCAUAUCCGCCGAAGAACUAACGUUCUGCUGUCACAGAUGCGGUUUUGGAUGUAAUGGAGGUAACCCAUUGAGAGCUUGGCAAUAUUUUAAAAGACACGGCGUUGUCACCGGAGGCGACUUCAACACUACCGAUGGAUGCCAACCGUACAGAGUACCACCUUGCGUGAGAGACGACGAGGGACACAAUUCAUGCUCGGGACAGCCAACCGAACGUAAUCAUAAAUGUUCGAAGAAAUGUUACGGUGACGAUAAAAUCGAUUACAAGAGUAACCAUUACAAAACGAAAGACGCGUAUUACCUCAGUAACACAACUAUGCAGAAAGACACGAUGGUGUACGGACCCAUUGAGGCGUCGUUCGACGUAUACGAUGACUUUAUGAAUUACGAAUCGGGAGUUUACCAAAGGACAGAGAACGCAUCGUACCUGGGAGGACAUGCAGUUAAAAUGAUCGGAUGGGGCGUAGAAGAAGGUACACCGUAUUGGCUGAUGGUCAAUUCUUGGGGCGAACAAUGGGGUGCCAGUGGGAUGUUUAAAAUACGCAGAGGCACAGAUGAAUGUGGUAUUGAAAGUUCAUGCACAGCAGGCGUGCCUUCAGUUUAAGACAUCUAUCAUUUUAUUGUAAAUGAAAAUACUACAUUAUUACUUCACCCACUAUUCAUUGAUUUUAUUAAUAUAAUUAUACGAAAUAUACACAAUGCCAACCUAGAAUGAACCAAAUAUAAUUACAUUAACCGAAUUAGAGUCUUAAGUACCAAUA